UUUCACUCAAACUACCAUGAUGCACCGCUCCUCCCUUAUGUCAAUCGGCUCGCUUGUCGAGGAACACAAACUCCUGGAUUUGACUUUUAUUUCGGAUUAAUGAAUACCGUGUUCCAGAUAAGGAUUCGGGUAUCUGUUCACCCUGACAGAAGCCGUGUCGCUGUUUGAGGUGUGUAAUGACAAGAUAUGUAGCUCGCAUGUAAGCUGCGGGGGACUGGUAUCUCAUAUGAGGUGCCAUGCUGGCCACACAGACUCCAGACCUGACCGCAGAAGGCCAGGACAUCAGACAGCUGAUCAAGGAGAAGCUAGCCCUGUCCCUCAAGGCGCUGCAAAAGCGCUACGUAGAGUCGGACACGGCGGUGACCAGCGACGACAGCGAUGCUAACCUGCUGUGCUGCGCACUGGAGGCCAUCUUCAUCCACCGCCUCAAGAACAAGUACGUCCACUGUGAGGCAGGGGGGCGGGGCCGCAAGGACCACAGGCCCCUCCCCCAACCCUCCUUCUGGAACCUCCUGAAGACCGUCACUCAUUGGGACGUCAUCACGGAGCUGGAGAAGCUGAGCUUCGUGGGCACGGAGGUGGGCCGCAGCCGGGCCUGGCUCCGCCUGGCGCUGAACCACGGGCUGCUGGAGUGCUACCUGGCCUCCCUGUUCCGGGACGGCUCGGAGCUGCCGGCCUUCUACCAGCCCAGCGCCCUGCUGCUGCACCCCGAGGACCGUGAGGUGCUGCUCAGCUACGUCCAGGGCCUGGCCUCGCUCUCCUUCAGCCUCUCGUACAAGUCGGCCGUGCUCAACCAGUGGACGGCCACGCCCCUCGCCCUGGCCGGCCUCUGCCCCGCCUCCCAGGCCGACGCCCUCCUGCUCAACCGCCGGCCCCGCCCCGCCACGCCCGGGAGCAAGGAGUCACGGGACACGGCGUCUCAGUCCUCGGGCUCGUCUGAGGUAGGGGAUCCUCAGGAAGGGGUCCAGGAGGAACCUGUAAGAGACCAGGGGCCCCCAGGGGACCAGGGGCCCCCAGGGGACCAGGGGGGUCCAGGGUUGAAGCAGCCCACCCUGCACUCCUCUACCCUCAGCCUGGAGACGUGUGGGUCGUCCUCCCAGCUGUCCUCCAGCAUCAGCUCUGACAGCCUCCUGCAGGGCCAGGAGCUGGACCUGGACCUGGCCCCCAGCCGGAGGGCCCCCAGAGAUGUCGGCGUGGACCCCCGGGGGGGGGGCGCACCAGACAGCCAGGACUCCACCAGGGAGGCCUCCUUUGUGUCCAGCGCUGGCCGGGACCCCUGCUCCGGGACCAGCACCUCGGGGGGCUCCAGUGAGUCCGACGGGGAGACCAGGAGCCCUGGCCCCUCCCCCCAGAGCCACGGGGACCCCCCGGCCCAGAAGGACCCCCAGAACCACCAGACCCCCCCGUCCCAGCACCACCAGGAGGUCCAGCACAGCCCGAACCGGGGCGGACCGACCCUCAGCCAGACCCCGCCCGCCCCAGACCCCCCAACCCUGAGGGUCAACAACGUGGACCUCUCCGUCCCAGCUGGGGCCGACCCGCUCCCCGCACCGCGCCACCCUGCGGGGUCGGGGUGGGACCCUGACGAUCCCACGGGGGGUCCUGAGACGCUGCAGAAGGAACCGAAUGGAGAGGCGUGGGGGGAGGGGUACCUGCAGCCGCAGGCCAACAGAGGGGUCCGCCCCCGCUCGGCCUGCGUCGUCAGCAGGAGGCAGUCGUCAGACUCUCUGUCGCAUUCCCGCUCCUGGAUCUCGGACGACGACAUCUACAAGCCGCACCUGGGGGAGGAGUCGGACCCGGAGGAGGACGGCGCGUCGGGACUGCAGACCAACGAGGCUCCGCCACCUGAGGGCCCCCCCGCCAGGGUGGUCCAUCGCAGGCAGGCCGGGCUGUCCAACCCGUUCCGCGGGCUGCUGAAGCUGGGCCACCUGGAGCGCCGUGGGGGGAUGGGCAUCUGGAAGGACUACUACUGCGAGCUGUCGCCCUUCGAGUUCCGCCUCUACCUGGACGACGACGAGCGCACCUGCGCCGAGAACUGCUCCCUGCUGCGCUGCGAGGGGGCGCGGCACACCUCGCCCUCCGGCGGCCGCUUCACGCUCUCCUUCCCCCGGAAGCGGCUCUACCUGCGGGCGGCAGACCGCGGCGAGGCCGAGGACUGGGUGGACCGCAUCGUGGAGGCCGCUAAGAAGUGCCAGCCCGCCAGUCGCCACGACGACCACUGGGAGGAGCUGCAGUUCGCCGACGACAGGGAGAAGGACGAGAGGGCCCCGCCCGGCUCGUCGUCCCCGGCCCCCGCCAGCCCCCUGCGUCGCGCCUCCUUCUCCGGCGGGGAGAAGGAGGCCGCCGGUGGCGGUGCGGCGGGAGCUGGGGCGGACCCUGGGUCGGCGGCCCCGGGUCCCCCUCCCACGGAGGAGCUGGACUGGGGGCGCGGCGGCGGCGAGGCCGAGCCCGACGCCAUCAUGGAGGCGGUGCUGUACUCCCACUCCUCGAGGGGCCCCGGGGCCCGGGGGAGCGCCUGGGAGCCGUUGGUGUUCUCCCUGUCCCUGGAGCGCCUGCGGGGCUUCGGGGUGCCGGAGGAGGGCCAGAAGGGGGGGGUCCGGGUCAGCCUGCCCGUGGAGGAGAUCCGGGACGUGGUGCCGGACGUGUCUCUGGGGGGGCCCGAGUUCUUCAAGCUGCUGACCAGCUCCGGGGAGAUGCUGCGGCUGCGGGCCCAGACGGCCGAGGAGGCCCGGUCGUGGAGGGUUCUGAUCCGGGGCGCGCUGGACUCCUACCUGGAGAGCGGGGAGGAGGGGACGGGGGCGGGGUCGGGGGGCAACGUGCGGCGGCUGGUCCAGCACGCGCUGAAGGAGGACGGGGGGAUGCUGGAGCAGAUGUUCAGCGUGCCUGCGCACGUCGGCCUGGACGCUCAGGGCUUCACCUGUGCAGGUUGCCCCCGGCAGAUCGGUCUGUCCCAGGCCAAAGCGCGGCUGUGUGACUUCUCCGGCCGGUACUACUGUGACUCCUGUCACCAUGGUGACCUGAGCAUCAUCCCCUCCCGCAUGGUCCACAACUGGGACCUCACUCCCCGACAGGUGUCCCGGCGGGUCCUCGGGCUCAUGGGCCAGGUGGAAGAUGAACCCCUCCUCAACCUGGAGCAGCUGAACCCGGGGCUGCUGGGCCACGCCCGGCCCAUGGCCCAGGUGCACCAGCUGAGGCUGGCGCUGUGUUCGCUGGGAGACUACCUGUCAGCCUGCCGCAGCGUAGCCCGCAAGACCCUCCUGGCCAGGAUGGGGGCACGCAGUUACCUGCUGGAGUCCAGUCAGCUCUACAGUGUGAGGGACCUCCGCCAGAUAGCCGAGGGCCAGUAUUCAGCCUACCUGUCGUCGCUGGUCCAGGUGUGCUCUGAGCAUGUGCACCAGUGUGACCUUUGCUCCCAGCGAGGCUUCAUCUGCCAGAUCUGCCAUGCCGAUGACAUCAUCUUCCCCUUCCAGCUGGACCGCACCAGCAGGUGUGGAGAGUGUAAGGCCGUGUUCCACGCUACCUGUAAACUGGGCUCCUCCUCCUGCCCCCGCUGCCUCCGCUUCAGGAAGUACCUGGAGAGAGACCUCCAGGACUGACCGCACCCCCUCACCUGGACCCACACGGGGUCAGGGCUGAACCAGGCAUACCUGACCGGGGCAGAUCCACCCCGAGACAGACAGGCGGCCGGGCCAGGAACGCCCACCCCGGGUCAGACUGAAGCAGAAUGAUUCAGAUCAAUUAUUUAUUUCUUACGUGGGGAAACCUCAAGUGCAAUUCUGAAGACUGGAAGCAAUUCGGAAGUCGAGCGGUAUACCUGAAGAGCUCUCUUCGCCAUCACCACACCACACACUAGCUACGCUACCUUUAAGCGUUACCUCACUGCCGCUAUGCUACGCUACAUGGUAGCUACUCCAUGCUGUAGCUGGGGUACAUACUGUAGUAACCACACCGUACUGUAGCUAGACUAUGCUUUGCUAUGCUUUAGCCAGGUUAUGCUACACUGUAGCUACAAUGGGCUAUGUUGAAGCCAUACCACAUCUUGGCUACACUUUUCUGUAGCCAGGCUAUGCUACACUGUAGCUACGCAGUGCUUUGUUUAAGCCAUACCCCACUGCAGCUACCCUAUGCCACUCUCCAAUGUAGCCAUGCUAGGCUGUGGGCCAGCUCUACCAACCCAUGGGUUAGGCCCCACCGGGGGCCAGCUUCAUCCCCCUUGGGGCUGCAUCACAGCGGGGCUUGGUGCUGUUGCUGUGGUCCCGGGUAUGCGAGCGCUCCCGCACUCGUCCAUAGCUCCUCACCACCAGAGAGCCCACGGGGAACGGAAGGUCGGUGCCAAGGAUGAUUUGCCAAGGACAUUUGAAAUGCUAAUCCAACGUUUCCUCAUCACCAUUGUUGCUCUUAAGUUUGAAGGACAAUUCCUGUUCCGGCCCAUGCUUACAGAGUUGUGGUCCUGAACCUGGGACAGGUGACCUUCUUCUGGGUGGUAUUGUGCCUUCCUUAUCUGAACCAGAACUCCCAUUCACACCACACAAGACAAACCAUGACCUCCGUUCACACCGCAUGCCAGACGGCGUGUGCGGUGUGAACGGAGGUCACGGUUUGUCUUGUCUGUUUAUAAUUGAGUCAUCUCCAUGGGGUCUUAAUGAAAAUAUUCUGAACAUCAUGUGUUGAAUGUAUAUGAAUUUAAACAGAAUAUAACAAGGAUUUUGUGAUUUUUAAAGAUUUUAAACUUGGAGCUAGGUCUGACGUGUGGCUCUUUUGUACUGAAGCAUGACUGUUAAAGAGGCCCUCUUCUUAAAGGGACGCUUAGGGUCCCUCGCACACGGCUCUUAUUCAUGUGAUAUAUGAUCACAGGAAAACAUGCUGAUAACUACGGUUUUAACCUCUUUAUGAUUGGUGAUUGUGGUGUUGGGAGUUGCAUGCGGAGAGAACCUGGGGUAACGGUCAGCGCUUGAAUCUUAACUCUGCCAAAACAACUAGGCUCAGGAUAUUAAUGUGUUUUUUUAAUCAAUCUCAUCACAUUUAUAUUAGUGCUUACAUGGCAAUGGUGAUAAAGUCAAAUAAAGCGUUUGGAAGUUGGAUUUUGGUGUGUGUACUUUGUGUUUAUGAAUGGUCAGUUUUCUACAUUCUGCAUUUGUACAGUAGGUUGCUGUUAUUAUAACAAUAAAUGCUUUUAACAUAAAUCCUAGAUGUUUUUUUCUCAAAGGGUGCAGAAGA